CUCUCUCUCUCUCUCUCUCUCUCUUUUCACUGGCAUUAUAUGUUUUCUUUAGUUAUUUUUACAGGUUAUAAAUUCCAAACAUUUGAAAGCUUCUUCCAUGCAUUUUGUGCUGGAAGCUUUGGUGUUUUUGUUUGAGUCUCUGUAGGUACACGCAUUGUUUCAACUUGGGAUUUUGAUUGACAAAGGAUUUGAAUGGGUCUCUUCUAAGUAUAGGUGCUAAGCGAAUGAAGCAGAAAGGAAAGAAAAUGGAAUAUUGAGAAUGGUUCUUCUUCGUUUUGGUAACUGAAAAAAAGUUGUGAGCCGCUUACCCCAAUGGAACCCAAACAGCUAUUAUAUAAUUUUCCACCGCAGUAUUAGGAGAGCCACAAUGGACAAAACGGCAAUUGCCCUUGAAGCUAUCAGCAGGGGAAUUGUUGAUCUGGAAAACAUCCCUCUUGAAGAAGUUUUCGAGAAAUUAAAAUGUGCACGAGAAGGUCUUAGUUUAGAUGAGGUUGACAAGCGAUUGACUGUGUUUGGGUACAACAGACUUGAAGAGAAAAAGGAAAAUAAAAUUCUGAAAUUUCUGGGAUUUAUGUGGAAUCCUCUCUCAUGGGUUAUGGAAGCAGCAGCAAUCAUGGCCAUUUCUGUUGCAGAUUUAGGGAAUGAGGCUGUAGGUUACCAUGACGUUUUUGGCAUUCUGUUUCUGCUUCUUGUCGAUUCAGGCAUCAGCUUUGUAUUUGAAAGCUAUGAUGACAAUGAAGUGGUGGCCCUUAUGGCUAGGCUGGCUCCAAAAGCAAAGGUUUUACGAGAUGGCAAAUGGAUUGAGGAACAUGCUUCUGUGUUGGUUCCUGGAGACAUUAUCAGUAUCAAACUGGGAGAUAUCAUCCCUGCUGAUGCAUGUUUACUUGAAGGAGAUCCUCUGAAAAUUGAUCAGUCUGCUCUCACAGGAGAGUCAUUCCCAUUAACAAAACAUACUGGUGAGGGAGUUUACUCUGGUUCAACAUGUAUGCAAGGUGAAACUGAAGCAGUGGUUACUGCAACUGGAGUGCAUACUUUCUUUGGAAAGGCAGCUCAUCUUGUGGAAACAAGUACACAUGUUGGGCAUUAUCAGCAGGUUUUAACAGUAAUUGGAAACUUUUGCAUUUGCUCAAUUGCCAUCGGAAUGUUGAUUGAGAUCAUCAUAAUAUACUGGGUCCAACACAGACACUAUCAUUCCGGAAUAGGCAACCUGGUUGUCCUACUCAUUGGCGGUAUCCCAAUUGCAAUUCCAGCAGUUGUGUCUCUUAUCAUGUCCGUGGGUUUUCGUCACCUAACUCAGCAGGGUGUUAUAACUAAGAGAAUGGCAGCUAUUGAGGACAUGGCUGGGAUGGAUGUCCUCUGCAGUAAUAAGACAGGAACUUUAACUCUUAACAAACUUACAAUAGACAAGAAUAUGAUCGAGGUUUUUGCCAAAGGUUUUGACCAGGAAAUGGUUGUAUUGAUGGCUGCAAGAGCUUCAAGAUUGGAGAAUCAAGAUGCUAUUGAUGCUGCAAUUGUUUCAAUGCUGGCUGAUCCUAAGGAGGCACGAGCAGGAAUUACAGAAGUUCACUUCCUUCCAUUCAAUCCAACUGAUAAGAAGACAGCUCUUACAUACAUUAACAGUGCUGGUAAAAUGCACAGGGCUAGCAAGGGUGCGCCAGAGCAGAUUCUCAAUCUGGCACAUAACAAAUCAGAUAUUGAAAGAAGAGUGCAAUCAAUAAUCGAUAAAUUUGCAGAGCGUGGGAUUGGAUCCCUUGCAGUUGCAUGUCAGGAAGUACCUGCUGGCACUGAAGACAGUCCUGGUGGGCCCUGGGAAUUUGUUGGUCUUCUCCCACUCUUUGACCCACCUCGCCAUGACAGUGCUGAAGCAAUGAGAAGAGCUCUAGAUCUCGGAGUAAGUGUUAAGAUGAUAACAGGUGACCAAUUGGCCAUUGCUAAGGAGACUGGGAGAUGGCAUGGAAUGGGCACAAACAUGUACCCUUCAUCAUCUUUGCUUGGAAAUGACAAGGACCAGUCUAUUGCAACCUUACCAGUUGAUGAACUUAUUGAAAAAGCUGAUGGCUUUUCUGGUGUCUUUCCUGGUAAAUAUGCUGCUUAUAAAAUGUGGCCUCGUGAAUCUUUUUGCACGACUAUUUUUGAUCCAUGUUUCCAUGCAGAACAUAAGUAUAAGAUUGUGAUGCGAUUACAAUCAAGAAAGCACAUCGUUGGGAUGACAGGAAAUGGAGUCACUGAUGCACCUGCAAUUAAGAAAGCAGACAUAGGAAUUGCUGCGGCAGAUUCAACAGAUGCUGCUCGAGGCACUUGUGACAUAGUACUGACAGAGCCUGGGCUAAGUGUAAUCAUUAGUGCUGUAUUAACCAGCCGCUCAAUCUUUCAAAGAAUGAAGAACGUCAUGACAUAUGCAGUAUCUAUCACAGUGCGUAUGGUUCUAGGUUUUCUGGUGCUGACUGCAUUCUGGAAGUUCGAUUUCCCUCUUUACAUGGUUCUUAUGAUUGCCAUUCUUAAUCAUACUAUUAUGAUUGCUACAGACGAUGACAGGGUGAAGCCAUCUCCAGUUCCUGACAGUUGGAAGCUUAGUGAAAUUUUUGUGACUGGGAUUGUCACAGGAACUUACCUUGCCCUGAUGACAGUUGUAUUCUUCUGGGCAGCUUAUGAAACCAGUUUCUUUGCGAAGAACUUCCACGUAACAAACUUCAACAAGCAUCAGUACAAUCUCUCAGAUGAGAAAACCUUAGACCAUCUGCAUGCACAGUUGGCAUCUGCAGUGUACCUUCAAGUUAACACCAUCAGCCAGGCUUUAAUAUUUGUGACUCGCUCCAGGGGCUGGUCGUUCAUGCAAAGAGAAAGACCUCGUCUUCGUCUUGUUUCUGCCUUUGUCAGCAUUCAAUUGGCGGCAACAGUGAUAUCUGCCACAGCAUCCUUGGAAUUUGCUGGGAUUAAAAAGAUUGGUUGGGGUUGGACUGGUGUUAUUUGGCUAUACAACAUUCUAACCUAUAUGUUGCUUGAUCCUAUCAAAUUUGGUGUGCAAUAUGCUCUUAGUGGGAGAGCUUAGGGUCUGAUGCUAAAUCAAGGAGUGAGUUCCAAAUAUCCCUCUCAUAUCUUAGAACUGUGCCUUGAUGGGAAUUUAGCUCGAGUGUUCAAGGUUGAAUAAUGGGGUUUGAUUUGCUAUUGUGUUCUUUGUUAAUCGAUCUCCAGAGUUAGUAGAAUCAAUUUGCUGUGGUGUUAUUUGUUAA